AUGCAGGCCCGUGUCGCCGUCGAAGCCUCCAUCUUUGGCGUCGCCAUCGCUUGGCUCUACGCAGCUUCAUCCCAUCUGCACGUGCUCGAUGCACUGCCGCAGCUGCAGCCUCUCCUCGCUUGCCUCAUGGCCAUGCUCGUCGCUGGCACCGUCGCGACGAUGCGAGCGCAUGUCUACCUACCUCUUGAAACCAUCGCUCGCACUCGGCCUGAAAACGAUACCGGUAUCCUCGUCGGCGCCGUGUUGCUGCCGCUAGUGGGUUGCAGUCGGCUCCUCGUCGCCGUUGCCGAGACGUCGACGCUCGACGCGUAUGCACUUGUAUUGCUCGUCUGCGUCAUGGUGCUGUCUCUCUCGACGCUCGUGCGCCUCGUAGCCCACGCGCCAUGGUCGCUGUCGCCCACAGCACUGUGGGAGCCGUUGCUUGUACAGAUUCUGUCCCGCUUUUUGCCUUUGGACUACCUACACGGAACGUCUGUGUGGCCGCUCCACGCGGCCUUGGCCGUCUACAACCUUCUUUUGCGCUACGGCCUCGCCGCGCUUCCCCGAUCCUUUACGUUUGGCGAAGCCAUGGUGCUUUCGCAGGGCAUGUCCCUUGUCGUUGUCGACAGUGUUUUCUACACUCUGCAGUCGAUGGCACUCUUUGACGCCGGGAUUCCGAUCCACGAGCCAACGACGAUUGUCAUUCAGCUCGUGCUCGUCUCGGGCGUUGCGCUUGGCGUCCUCUGCACGCCGCUCUUUCGACGGUACGGUGCGCCGUCGCCUCAGAAGCCGUCGCCGCCCUUGCCGCUGCGGCCAACGCUCCUCUUUGGCGGUCUGGUUGCAGCCGUGGGCGUCGUGUUUCUUGUCUGGAGCUCGUUCCUCUUGCGCGAGUCGAUUCUCCACUGGCUUUUUGCACGCAUCUCGACGCCCAGUGCGCUGCGCGUCCUUGCGUGUUGGGCUCUGCUUCUUGGCGUCGUCGUACCGCUUUGUCCGUGGAUCGCAUCGACCCUCGGCCUCCGGCAGAUCGUCGCGCGGAAGCUCUACCACUUUCUCGCGGUCGCCUUGUUUCUACCGGCCAGCCUCCUCGACAUGGACCUCCUCCGCCUCAGCUACGCGAUUGCGAUUGGUCUCUUCUUCAUUCUCGAGUGCGUCCGAGCGCUGUCCGUGCCGCCAAUGGGCCGUCCGAUUGCAGCUUUCAUGCGCGCGUACUUGGACCAUCGCGACGACGGACGCAUUGUGCUGAGCCACACGUACCUCUUGCUGGGCUGCGCGCUCCCGAGCUGGCUCUGCCCCACCGCGUCGACUGUGCUCCUCGCCAACACGGGUGUCCUUGCUUUAGGGAUUGGCGAUGCCAUGGGCGCGGUGGUCGGCUCGAGCGUUGGCCGAACCAAAGUGUGCGGAACGAAAACGUUGGAGGGAAGCGUCGCGGUGUUUAUCUCGAUGGUGCUCUUUGCGUACGCAGCCGUUCCUUCUGCGCACCCGUGGGCGACUCCAGUCUUUCUCGGGUUUCUCUGGAGCACGUGGCUCACGACCGCGCUCGAGGCAGUGACGUGCCAGAUCGACAACUUGGUGCUGCCGCUCUUCUACUUUGCAACGUGCUGCAUCACGCAAGCGUACGCACGCGGGUAA